UUCUUUAUCGUUAUUUAUAUAAAGUUAGUUUCAUUUUUAAACUGAAGUAAUAUUCUAGUAAGCUUAAAUAUAAGGUUAUAGUCUAACCUGUUGAAAUGGUUGUAAAAUAUAAAGCAAAGACAGACUUGCAAUUUACAAGUAAUAAAAAUCUUCUCAAACACCAACGUAAUGAUCCUGAUCUAAAACAUCUAUUCAAGGUGAUGCUUAUUGGGGAUAGUGGUGUUGGAAAAACUUGUGUGUUAAUUCGUUUCAAAGAUGGUGCCUUUUUAAGUGGAAGUUUUAUAUCAACAGUUGGUAUUGAUUUUCGAAAUAAAACAAUCAAUGUCGAUGGCAAGAAAGUCAAGUUACAGAUCUGGGAUACUGCUGGGCAAGAGCGAUUUCGAAGUAUAACACAUGCAUACUACAGAGAUGCACAUGCACUUUUGCUGCUUUAUGAUGUUGGAAGUAGAAAAACAUAUGAUAAUACAAGGGCAUGGCUUUCUGAAAUCAAGGAGUAUGCUCCUCAUGAUGCUGUUGUAAUGUUGCUUGGAAAUAAGUGUGAUCUAACUAAAGAGAGACAAGUAAAACGAGAAGAGGGGGAAAAGUUAGCAUCUGAUUACAAUGUUCCCUUUUUGGAAACUAGUGCCAAAACUGGUAUGAAUGUAGACUUAGCAUUUGAAGCUGCAUCUAGGGAAUUAAUGCAUUUGGAAGUAAAGGGUACUGAGCAUGGUCGUUUCAAUAUUGGUCAGUAUGUGUCUGAAAAAGAACAAAAGCCUGGCUGUUGUGGUUGAAUUUAACUGGUCAGCAUUAAAGUAGAUUUAAAUGCCGUCUUCAUAUUUUUUAUGGCAUAUUUUUACAAAAGAUAAUUACGUCUUCCAAAAUUUAAAAUGACAACCAAGGUGCUUACCAAUUAUUUAUAGAGUUAAUUUAAAACAUUUUAUCAGAGAAUGGAUAAUAUUGUCCCAAUCGAAUUGCAAACUGAUUUCCACAUGAAACUGAUUUCGUUUCUAAUACACUAUAAGGAUCCUCUAUUAAUGAUCCAAUCUCUUUCAUAAAAAUACAGCUGCUUUAGUUAAAUCAAAAACAGAUCAUCUUUCAAAUUCUGUAUUUUUUUCAAUGUUACCUUUUGCUGUUGUUAAUGGAAAAUAUGUGAGGAGCAUUUUUUUUGUAGUUUGUCAUUAAAAUCUGUUUUAAUGCAGAUGUCAAAGAAUGUUUGCAAAGUGUAUGUUAAUUUGGAAUAAGAUCAAUUUAUAAUCUACAUUAAUACAAAAUUUCAGAACAUAACAUAUUGACUGGUUAGUGAAGAGUUUUGCAUUUUAUGUCACCCAGUAAAAUUAUUGAGGUUGUAUAAUAUCAAACAUUACAUAUUUUGUUGUAUAUUUUUAUCUUUUUUUUUACUUCUGAUUUUCAUAGAUUUAGAUGUCUUUAUUUUUGCGCAAUUUAAUUAUUUUUAGGUGUUGCUGUCAUGUUUUCCAUACAUUCAUACACACUUCUUUUUAAACAACAAAGGUAAAAGGAAAGGCUUCAGACAAAUUGAUUGUAAUUUUUUAAGCUCCAGUAUUGAAAAAUAUUAGACCAUUUAUUGAUAACAAAGCUAGUACACAUCAAAUAUUUAGGCUUAAGAACCUCAUCAAGCGUAUGCUGUACAAAGAGAAGUUUCAAUAUAAAUGUAUUUGUCACUUUCAACAUUAACUGCCUGCAAAAAAAAAACAAAUUAAAGAAGGAUGCUUAUGUAACUAGGCUUGUUUAAUCAAUUACAUUUUAUAAUUAUUUUCUUCUAAAUUGGAUUUCUUUGGUGCUUGGAGUGCAUUUUUUGCAUUAUUGUAGUUAGACAUUUUUGUUGUCAUCUAGGUGGUAGUUUAGCUAUUUCAACUUGUCUUAAAAAAAUGUUAAUCUUAAAAGGAAAUUUAACCUCACCCUUUUCUGAAAUAAAUAACUCUUUGUAUAUACCGCAAUAAAAUUUGUUUGUGUUUACUUGGAGUUUUUCGCAUUUGGGUUGUGAAAACAGCAUGUGGGCCAUUGGACAAUAGCUCUGUACACAUGUUUUAUUUUGGGUAAUUUUUGUUCCCAUAAAUAUUUUGAGGGGAAAAUAAAAUUCCAUGUUGCUCAUUUUAACUGGUUUUAUUUUGUAUGAAACCAUAUAAGUAUUUAUAAGGACUUAAAUAGAGACCAAAAUAGAAUUUUGAUUAUGUGAAAUGGAUGUACCGAAGUAUUAUAUUUAAUAAUUGGAGUUACGAAAAGAAAUUAUUUUUUGGUUUGGUUUUAUGAUCAGUUUAAAAGCAUUUCUUACCAAAUAAUUUUUGUAACCAGCUGACUGACAGCAAACAUUACUAUUUUUAAGUGUAGUCUUACAUCUUUCAUUUCUUUUAUUAUUUGUUAUUUUAUUUUUUUGGAAUUAAUGUUGAAUUUAUUGUAAUGAAGAUACUUUUUCUUCUGACAUAUUUUUUUAAUUUAUUUAUUACUUAAAAAGCGUUGUUAAUUAUUAUUUCAGGUAUAUUUAUCAUUAUAUUACAGAAUACUUAAAGUUCUUGAAGGAUAUACUUUUAGGGAAAUGAAUGUGUAGGGAUAAAAUUGUGUGAGACUUGCAAAAUAAUAGAAUCAGAGUAUAAGCACUUUUUUAAAAACUGUGCAGCCAGAAGAUGUUACAACAUUCUUAGUCUUAGAAUGUAAAUCCCUUACCUGUCUCAAAGAAUGCUGAACAAUGUCAAACAUCAAUUCCGCAUUCUUUUUUUCUGUAACCUCUCCUUUUGCAUUCAUUUCUUUCCGUAAAGUAUAUGCUCUGAAUUUAUUUGUAUUUUCUUAGAUAACAAAAUAUGUAGCCAUUAUGUUUCACAUCUCCACUUGUGCCAAAUCAUGUAGAUCUAAAGAGAGGUCUAUAUAGAUUAUUUUUAUGAGUGUUUAUAAAAUAGAUGUUAAUAUUUUGUAGCUAUAAAUACAUACAUGAUAGUAUGAACAAA